AUGGGCGAGUAUAUUCCUGCAGACGUCACCCAGGGGGUGACAAUCCCUGAGGUUGAUGGCCUGCAUAACGAAUGGUCCGAGCCUCUUGCACUACCCUCCUCAAUGAGAUCACCAAUCGAGGUUGAGGAGCUGCUAGUUCUGACAUGGGUGCUGCUUCUGUAUCGCGGAAGUGUACAGAGCGAUGAUGGCGGGUUUUCAUGGGCUACAUCCACUUUGCAGAAUACAUCCACGGCAGAAACACAAGGUGGAGCGCUUUCCGAUGUGAUCAAGCCAGAGACAGAUUUGUUAUACACAGCACUGGAGGGAAUACGGGUCUUGCGCAAGACGUCAGAUAGUGACGGGGGUACAAUGUUCUUCCUUAACGCUGCACCAUCAGCCGAUUGGACCUUCGAGCUCGAAAUCAAGCGGUCCAAAAGCCAUAUCUAUCUUCGCCAAAUCCCUCGUUCUCCCUCAGCCACACAACCAGUCGGCCCCGCCUUGCCCGACAUCUUUGCGGAUAUCCUCACCUCCCUCACAUCCUUGGACCAAACAGUCGGUGAUGCUGUGCGCAUUGGGCAGCGUGAGCUAGCCCAUAUCUGGAAAUGGAACCGGAAAUUACCACCCACCAUUAACCGGUGUAUCCACGACAUGAUCUCCGAGAACGCGCACCGCCAGCCUCAUCGGCCAGCGGUGGUCUCUUGGGACGGCGAGAUGACAUACGAUCAGCUGGAGCGUCGCUCAACCCGCCUGGCCUACCGUCUCAUGGAGCUAGGAUUGCCCAUUGGGAAGCCGGUCCCACUCUGCUUUGAAAAGUCGAUGUGGACGAUUGUCGGCGUGCUGGCUGUUUUGAAGGCCGGAGGCGCCCUGGUCCUGAUGGAUCCUAGUCAGCCCGAAGGGCGGCUCAAGACGAUUGCAGCAGAGGUUGGUGCCGAAGUCAUCAUCACGUCCGUCGCACAGACAGCACUUGGCCAGACUAUCGUUCCUGGUGGCAAGCAGAUCAUUGUUGGCCCUGCGCUGGCUCAGGAGGACGACGCUCCCUUAUCGCCUACUUGCUCCCUCCCUACCGUCCCCAUGUCAUCCACCUGCUAUAUCCAGUUCACGUCGGGGAGCACCGGCAAGCCGAAGGGAGUCGUCAUCUCACACUCAAACUACACUAGUGGUGCUGUGCCUCGUGCCGCUGCGGUCGGCUACAACGAGCACUCCCGCGUGCUGGACUUUCCUUCGUACGCAUUCGACGUCAGUGUCGAUUGCAUGCUUUGUACCCUGGUCAAGUCCGGCUGCAUCUGCGUGCCUUCCGAGGACAGCCGCGUGAACGACCUCAGCGGUGCGAUCCGCAGCAUGAACGUCAACAUGGCGCAUAUGACACCCUCCGUGGCCCGCGUGCUGGAUGCAGAUAUCAUGCCGCAGCUGGAGGUCCUGGGACUGGGCGGCGAGGCUAUCACUGCCAGUGAUGCUGCGGACUGGGGCCGGAAGACCAAGAUUGUCAUUGCGUACGGCCCGUCCGAGUGUACCGUCGGAUGCACCAUCAACAACAACGUCCCCCUGGACCGGCUCUAUACGAGUAUCGGCUUGGGCGUGGGUGGCUGCAGCUGGGUAGUCGACCCGGCGGAUCAUGAUCGGCUGGUGCCUGUUGGUGUUGUGGGAGAGUUGCUUGUCGAGGGUCCCAUUGUCGGAGAUGGGUAUCUGAAUGAGCUGGAGAAGACGAAGGCCGUCUUCAUCGAGGAUCCAGCCUGGCUCGUCGCCGGUGAUGGCCAGUCUUCGGGCCGUAAAGGCAGACUCUACAAAACUGGAGAUCUUGUCCGAUAUGACCCUGAUGGCUCCGGCGCUGUCGUCUUCAUCGGACGGGCUGAUCAGCAAGUUAAAUUGCGAGGGCAGCGUGUUGAGCUGGGGGAGGUAGAGCACCACAUCCGCAAUCACCUGCCGGCCGGAGCCAGCGUCGCGGCAGAGGUCAUUGCCCCCGGCGGGAGGAAGAGUGAUGCUAUCCUCGUUGUCUUCGUCGCGGAGCAGAAAAGCGAAAAGACAGGUACAUCCUGCGAGAUAACGUCCUUCUCAAAGGAGUAUCAGAAGAUUAUCGCUGGGAUGGACAAAGCCAUUGGGGACGACUUGCCACGCUACAUGAUCCCCGCAGCAUAUAUUCCGCUCGACCAGAUGCCGCUCCUGGUGUCGCUCAAAACUGAUCGAAAGCAGCUUCGCGCUCUUGGAAACGGUCUGACCCGUCGUCGCCUGGCGGAGCUGAAGGUAGCCAACGUCGAGAAGCAGCCUCCUCGCACGGACAAGGAGAAGACGCUCCACGCGCUCUGGGCCCAGCUUUUCGGCGAGGGCGUGGAUAUUGGACUGCAGGACCAGUUCUUCAGUCUUGGUGGUGACUCCCUCAAGGCUAUGAAGCUUGUGGCUGCUGCGCGAGAGAAAGGCUUCUCAUUGCGUGUCACAGACAUCUUCCGCUGCCCAACUCUGGCCAAGCUCGCAGAGACAAUGACCGAGAUCCGCAGCGAUGACUCCCAAGUUAUCCCGCCCUUCUCUUUGCUCCCAGAAGGGUGGGAAGCCGACGUGGCCCGUGUGGAGUGUGCUGCUCUGUGUGUUCUGGACCCAGCUGCCAUUGAAGAUGUGUAUCCCUGCACACCUUUGCAGGAAGCACUUAUGGCGCUGUCGGCCAAGGUGGCCGAUGCCUACACUGCACAGCGUGUUGUCGAGCUACCAAACCUCGGAACUGCGCAGAAACUGCGCGCGGCCUUUGAUACUGUCACAAAGGACUGUGCCAUCCUGCGAACCCGUAUCGUGCAGGUUCCCCGUCGAGGCCUCGUGCAGGUGGUGAUGAAGACAAACACUCCCUGGACGGAGAGCCACAGUCUUAGCGAGUAUCUUGCAAAGGACACGCAGAACAUCAUGGGUUUGGGCACAGACCUGGCUCGCCUUGCCUGGGUCCAUGACCAAACCACAGGUAAAUACCACAUCGUGCUGAGCAUCCACCAUGCGCUUUACGACGGCUGGUCCAUGCCGCUAGUCAUUGACCGGGUCAACCGUGCCUAUCGCAAUGAGCCCAUCACAAGCCCAUCCCCUUUCAAGAGCUUCAUCAAGUGGCUCAGUCAGAACGACCGCGCUGCAAACGAGGCCUACUGGAGCGAACAACUGGCGGGCGCCACCGCGCUUCAGUUCCCCGUCAUUCCUUACAAGGGGUAUCAGGCGCGCGCCGAUUCUCUCCUAGAGCACUACGUCCGGCUACCCCAGACAGGCUCACGCUCGACCACCAGCAUCGCCACGGCUAUCCGCGGUGCAUGGGCGUUGUUGGCGUCGCAGUACACUGCUACGUCUGACGUGGUGUUUGGCGAGACACUGACCGGCCGAAAUGCCCCUGUUGCGGAGGUCGAGGGCAUCGAAGGCCCAAUGAUAACCACAAUCCCCGUGCGCCUGCGCAUCGAUCCGUCCGCGACUGCAGCUGAAUACCUAGAGCAGAUCCAUGAACAGAUGGUCCACAGGAUCCUCCACGAGCACACUGGUCUGCAGCAUAUUCGGCGGCUCAACUCGGAUGCACGGGAGGCAUGCGAGCUGCGCACUGGCAUCGUCAUCCACCCGACUGUGGACGAGGAGCAGAAGGUUGACCUCACGAGGGAUCCUGCUACCGGCUUCAUGCCGACUAGCGAGUCAGAGGCUGCUCGCGAGGCCCUCAAGUUCAACUCUUACUCGCUGAUGCUGGUCUUCACCGUCGAUCCCAACGGGUUCCUCAUCAUGGCCAGUUUUGACUCCAAGACGGUCGACGUACCGCAUCUGGAACGCGCUCUUCGGCACUUUGAUCGCAUUUUCCAGUGCAUUUUGGUGAAUCCGACGCAGACUGUCCAGGAUCUCUUCGAGGCUACCAAGGAGUCGGACCUGCUGGCCGAGCAGCAACAGUUGGCCCCCGUCGGUCCAGCCAGUCUGCCUGCAGAUGAAACAUACGCAGAUGCCACAGCGACCUGGAUUGUUGAUCCAAGUGACCAUGAGCGGCUUGUGCCGUCUGGAGCAGUAGGGGAGCUGCUGAUCCAGCGAGAGUGGUCCUCUCCACCGAACAAUGUACCGGUCUCCACGCCCAGCUGGCUGGAAAGCAAUAUCCCGGUGUAUUCAACCAGCCAGCUGGCCAAAUACACAGCUGAAGGCAAGAUAAUCAUCAUACGUCGCAAGGACGAGCAGAUCGCUAGUAUUGCAGGCGCUCGUAGCCGCAAGGAACCGCACGACAAAAGUCUAGUCCCAGCAACUCCGAAGCAGAAGAAAUUGCAGCAUGCCUGGGCACAGGUGCUUGAUAUUCAGGCAGACGAGAUUGUCCUCAGCGAUGACUUCUUCGACCUGGGCGGAGAUUCCAUCCGCGCCAUGAAGCUGGUCUCGGAGGCGCGGAUGGACGGACUCAAGCUCACGGUCACGACCGUGUUCGAUCACCGCCAGCUGUUCGACAUGGCUGAGCAUGCGGAGGAAAUGCAGACUGCCCCUGUGGCAGCUGCCUUAUACGAGCCCUUCAGCACACUCGACGUCUCAGACGUGCAAGCCUUCAUCGAGAAUGCCAUUCGGCCCGCCCUGGCUGAGCCUACGUGGAAAAUAACCGACGUCUAUCCCAGUCGUCCACUGCAAGAGAUCGCCGUACAGGGUACCGUGCAGCUGCCACGCUACUCCGUCCGCUACGAGAUCUUUUACAUGGACGUGGCAGUGGACCGCCAGAAGCUCUUCGAUAGCUGUCGUGAGCUCGUGACCCGCAAUGAGAUCCUUCGCACUGUGUUCGUGCAGCACGCGAAUACGUCCUAUGGCGUUGUCAUUGAGGACCAUCCUUGUCCGAUAGUUCAAUACGAGGUCGACACUGACCUGGAAGAGUUCAGCCGAAAGGUCUGUGGCGUCGAUGUGCAGUCUACGAUGCGUCUGGGGUCGCCCUUCUGCAAGUUCUUCUUUGUCCAACACGUCGAUGGCUGCAGCAGCCUAAUCCUGCGUAUCUCGCACGCCCAAUACGACGAGAUCUGCCUUCCGAUCCUACUAAAGCAGCUGUCCGCGCUCUACGAAGACCGUACCGUCCCAAUGGGCCUGCCCUUCUCGUCUUUUGUGGCACACACCCUCCGCGAGAACAUUCCAGCUAGUAUCCCCUACUGGCGCGAUCUGCUCCAAGGUUCCUCCAUGACCAAGCUCCAGCCGGAUACUCCCUCGGAUCCAACCAAGCACUUCGCCGUGUUUAAAGAAGUGAGCAUCGCCACGCGCCCCCGCGAUAUCACCAUCGCCACGCUGCCAACUGCAGCCUGGGCGCUGUGCCUAGCACGCCGCCUCUCGAUAGAAGAUGUAGUCUUCGGCGAGGUAGUCAGCGGCCGCAAUACUGACCUCCCCAAUGCUGACUCCGUGGUCGGUCCUUGCUGGCAGUAUGUGCCGGUCCGCGUGGCUUUCCAGCCCGGGUGGACGGCGCGGGAUCUACUGCUGGCAGUGCAGCGACAGCAUCUGGCCAGUGCACGGUUUGAGGGCAUGGGGCUGAAGGAGAUCGUCGCUCAGUGCACCGACUGGCCGGCGUCGGUGGACUGGUUCGACACGGUAGUUCAUCAGGACGUCGAGCACGUCGAGGAUCUGUCGUUCUUGGGGGCAAGCAGUCGCAUGCAGACGGUGUACCCACACUUUGAGCCGUUGCGCGAGAUCAAGGUGCAGGCCUUCCCGCGGGGCGAUAUGCUGGGCAUCGAGAUUGUUACGGUCGAAUCGUGGAAGGCACUGGCUGAGGGUCUUUUGGAGGAGAUGGUGCAGGCGGUCUCGCAGUUGGUGAUGCGGGUGGAUUCGCCGGUUCUAUAG